AUGCAACGGAACAAUAAGAAUACCAUCUAUCUUUUCGUUUUCGCACUCUUCCACUUUUUGACAUCGAUUAAAAGUGAAAAUUCUACUGUACUCAAUUCAGAAUAUCCAUGGUUACGUCUUCCACCCACACCUCAACUUCCUUAUCCUCAUCAUGGUCAAUAUGCACAGAUCAAUAAUAUCAGCAUAUGGUAUACUAUUUAUGGACCAGAAAAUGGUACGCCUGUUCUUUUUCUUCAUGGCGGACUUUCAAAUAGUGACUACUGGGGUCUACAAGUUCAACAACUUCAAAGUACUUACAAAUGUAUUCUAAUGGACUCUCGAGCACAAGGUCGAAGUUCAUCAUCGUCUGCCAAUAUUACAUACGAUUUGAUGACUUCAGAUGUUGUUAGUCUAACUUGA